UCCGCCCCAGCGGGCUUUUAAGCUUUAUAAGUUCCUCUUUCUCACCUCCGAUACUUAGUUUCACCAGUUGAACUUGGGACCCACCGCUGCCCUCAGCUCCGAGUUGGGGGCGAGAGUGAGUGCAGGAGGCGGAUCCCGGGUGCGAGAGGGCGGCAGUCGGCGCGCCGGGCAUGAACCUGGAAGGCAGCGGCCGCGGCGGGGAGUUCGGCAUGAGCUCCGUGAGCUGCGGCAACGGGAAACUCCGCCAGUGGCUGAUCGACCAGAUCGACAGCGGCAAGUACCCAGGGCUGGUGUGGGAGAACGAGGAGAAGAGCAUCUUCCGCAUCCCCUGGAAGCACGCGGGCAAGCAGGACUACAACCGCGAGGAGGACGCCGCCCUCUUCAAGGCUUGGGCACUAUUUAAAGGAAAGUUCCGAGAAGGCAUAGAUAAGCCAGACCCUCCUACCUGGAAGACCCGUUUGCGAUGUGCUUUGAACAAGAGCAAUGAUUUUGAGGAACUGGUGGAGAGGAGCCAGCUGGACAUCUCAGACCCCUACAAAGUGUACAGGAUUGUUCCUGAGGGUGCAAAAAAAGGAGCAAAGCAGCUCACCCUGGAGGACCCACAGAUGACCAUGAGCCAUCCCUACACCAUGACAGCUCCUUACACCUCACUCCCAGCUCAGCAGGUUCAUAACUACAUGAUGCCGUCCCACGACCGAAGCUGGAGGGAGUACGUCCCUGAUCAGUCCCUCCCAGAAAUCCCGUAUCAGUGUCCCGUGACGUUUGGGUCUCGCAGCCAUCACUGGCAAGGCCCGGCUUGUGAAAAUGGUUGCCAGGUGACAGGAACCUUUUAUGCUUGUGCCCCACCUGAGUCCCAGGCCCCUGGAAUCCCCAUAGAGCCAAGCAUAAGGUCUGCUGAAGCCUUGGCGCUCUCAGACUGUCGACUCCACAUCUGUUUGUACUACCGGGAGAUCUUGGUGAAAGAGCUGACCACGUCUAGCCCAGAAGGCUGUCGGAUCUCCCACGGGCACACUUAUGAUGCCAGUAACCUAGACCAGGUCCUUUUCCCCUACCCAGAGGACAAUGGCCAGAGGAAAAACAUCGAGAAACUCCUGAGCCACCUGGAAAGGGGUGUGGUCCUCUGGAUGGCCCCCGACGGGCUUUAUGCCAAAAGACUGUGCCAAAGCAGGAUCUACUGGGAUGGGCCCCUGGCACUGUGCAGUGACCGGCCCAAUAAACUGGAGAGGGACCAGACCUGCAAGCUCUUUGACACACAGCAAUUUUUAGCAGAGCUGCAAGCUUUUGCUCACCAUGGCCGUCCCCUGCCAAGAUUCCAGGUAACUCUGUGCUUCGGAGAAGAGUUUCCAGAUCCUCAAAGGCAAAGGAAGCUCAUCACUGCUCACGUCGAACCUCUCCUAGCCAGACAACUGUAUUAUUUUGCUCAGCAAAACAGUGGACAUUUCCUGAGGGGCUAUGAUUUACCCGAACACAUUAGCAGUCCAGAGGAUUAUCACAGAUCUAUUCGCCACUCCUCCAUUCAAGAAUGAAAAAUGUCAAGACGAGUGAUUUUAUUUCAUUGUAAAUAUCUGCCUUCGACAGGAACAGCUGAUUGAACUCCCUCUUUUUCUUUUGAGAAACUUGGAAAUUGGGGCUUCAAUUCAACACUUGAGGAUAAUCUCAGCAAGAAUGAGUGUAAAAAAAACCAGCUCCAUCUAAUUGACAGAGGAGCUUAUUCCAAAAGGAAGGACAGUUUUCAGGGUCUUCCGUAGACUGCCAUCUUUGAUGAUUACUGUGAAAAUUGACCAAAGGGUGUGUUUACAUUUACUUAAAUGCUAUCUUUAAUUGGAUGUGGAUUCUUUCUUGCUUGAAAACUGAGAAAACUUGUGUUUCGGUGUUGACCACUAACUAGAGGGAUACAAGCACAUAAGUGUUGUACUAUUUCUCAGGGAAAUAAUAUCUAAAUUGAGGUGACUUUGCCCACAAAAGAAAUGUAUUAAUGCACACAGAAGAUGUUGCUCUUGUAGAAAAUGCUUGCUCUUAGAAUCUUUGACUGAGGUUGGACCACAGUGCCUCCAGCUUUGGGGUAGCUGAUCACCCCACCUGGCCUGGGUCUCACCCCGCUCGGACUUCCCUGCCCUGUCUCGCACUGCUCCUCAUUGGCUCUCUCUCCUUGGGUGCCCUUGGAAGCCAGUUGGUAUUUUCUGGAACCAAAGAGCAUUAGGGCUACUCUUGAUUAGUAUAUUUUUGUCCGUCCUACAAUCCUGUAAUGACUGCUUAAGAUAUUUUUUGUCUGCCUUUUUGUCUCUCAUUCUGUAGAAAUUACUGCUAAAACUUUUUUCAUAAAAAA